CAGCAACAUUUUAUAACAAACAUACACAUAAAUAACACAAAAAAAAAAACAGAAAAAAGAGAGGCAAAAGCGGGCGACAUCAAAAAGGCCGCUCGCACACGUUGCACUUGCAUGACAUGCCGCAUCAUACAGCCGACGAGCGGAAUAAACAAAAGAAAACAGCAACAUCAAACCGAAAAAAUGUUGUACAUAUAACAAUACCAAUACCCCGCAAUGUCAUACUCUAUCAUUCAGCGUCAGACCGUCGACGACGAGCGUGAAAAGACGUGCGAAAACAAACGCGAAAGCAAAAGAGGAAUAAACAAACACGAAAGCAAAAGAGGAAUAAACAAACGCGAAAGCAAAAGAGGAAUAAACAAACGCGAAAGCAAAAGAGGAAUUGACAAACGCGAAAGCAAAAGCAAGCGAGGAUUUGACAAACGAACAGACGGGACACAAUAGACGGGGGGAAAAUGUCCCACGUGGGCGCCACAAACCUGUACGAUGAGCCCGAAAUCAUGGAGGAGUUCAUCAGCUGCUAUCAGCACUUCACCGCCCUGUGGGACAGCAGCACUCCCGAUUACCUAUCGAAGCAGAAGAAGGAGCCCGGCUACCAGGAGCUAUUGAAGAUCCUGCGACGCGUCAACGGCGGCUGUACCGUGCAGGAUGUGAAGCGUAAGAUAAACUCGCUGCGCUGCUGCUAUCGUCGCGAAAUCAAGAAGGUGCAGGCCUCCGUCAGUGGCUAUCAGCCGCGUCUCUGGUGGUUCCAUCUCAUGGCCUUCCUGAAGCCGGUGCUCAACAUCCAGUCGCCGGUCAGGGUGAAAUCGGAGAGCUUGGACGACAGUCUCGAUGAGACCAGCAUCCAGGACGUCGAUAUGAUUUCGGAGACGUUUCAGAACGAAGAGGAUGUGCUGCGUCUGGAUGCCGUGGUCGAUGGCGAUGUGGAGCCGGAAGCGGAGCAUGAUCACGAGCCGGAAACGGAAAACCUGGGCCCCGAAGUGGAGCACCAUGUGGACGAUUAUCGGGGGGACAUUUCAUUGGCGGGCAGCAUCAAGAACAAUGCCUAUCAGAGCGGCUCUUCGCACCUGCGACUCAACGCCGAAUCGCUGGCUCUGGAUAAAUCCGGACGACGUAUCCGUAUCCGGCGAAGACGCAGCAGCAAUGACAGCGAAUACGGCGAAACCGCGAGAAAGCGCAGAAACGAGGAGACUACGAAUAGAGAUAGAGAAAGAGAUAGGGAUAGGGAUAGGGAGAUAGGGGAUAGAGAGAGGACGAGGGAGCGAGACAGAGAGCUCGAUAGCGAGAGCGAGCACGAGUGCGAGCUUAUCGGAAGACGAAUGGCCACCCACUUCCGGCAUAUGCGACCGGAUCAACGGCUCUACGCCGAACGGAUCAUCAGCGAGGUGCUGGUCUACGGCCGAAUGAAUCGCCUUUCCUUCGAGGCGCAAUUUAUACUGGGUCAAAAAUAGGUAAUACUUUGCGUAAUAUCCUCGGAGGAACGUAGAAUGGCCCCACAUUAUAUUGUACAUAGUUCUAUUCGAUGCGAUUCGCAUG